UGCGUCUGUGUCUGGAGGGCAGGAUGAUAGAGCGCGCAGGAGAGCGAGAGAGAGAGAGAGAGAGAGUGAGAGAAAGAGGGAGAUACGCAUUGACUGAGAAACAUAGAUUUUCAUCCAACCUAUCUGUUUUUUCUAAUCCUCGACUGCACUGCUUAACGUUGAUUGUCUAGCAGGACAAUAUUUUGUAUUAGCCUAUUACGUCGUUUCUUUUGACGAAUAUUGGUCCUCAUUGCUGUAAUUUAAGUGUAUUUGUGGCGAACUUCUCAUAUUUCCCAUUUAUACUUAAACAGCAUCAUGAAUAGUUUGUGGGCACCUCUCGAUCUCAUACCUUUGGAAUGGUGGGGAUUACACAGCCGAAAAACGGGGAGCAUGUAAACGCGGAUGGAGUUUGGGAUUUAUUGCAAAAUAAGGGAAAGAUGACUGUCUUCUCUUUGUGUCUCCUAUUGUGCGCAGAUCUACUGGAUUUAGCUGUUGGAUAUUUGACAGUAACCAUUGAGCCCCUUCCUCCUGUUGUUGUGGGAGAGACUGUCACCCUGAAGUGCAACUUCAAGACUGAUGGAAGACUUCGAGAGAUCGUGUGGUAUAGGGUCACAGACGGGGGCACCAUUAAGCAGAAAAUCUUCACCUACGAUGCCAUGUUUAAUACCAAUUACUCUCAUAUGGAGGACUACCGCAAACGGGAAGACCUUGUCUACCAAUCUACAGUCCGGCUCCCGGAGGUACGGAUCUCGGACAAUGGACCGUAUGAAUGCCACGUGGGCAUCUACGACCGAGCCACGAGAGAAAAGGUGGUCUUGGCAUCAGGAAACGUCUUUCUCACCGUUAUGUCACCUCCAAACAACAUCUCAGUUUCGGCAGAGAACUGUCCAGCUCCAUUCAGCCGGUACCAGGCCCAGAACUUCACACUGCUGUGCACUGCAAAGGGAGGCAAACCUGCACCUUCAGUGUACUUUAAGCGGGAUGGAGAGUUGAUAGAGGUGAUAUCCUACAUCCACCCCUCAGCCGAGGACGGCGGUGGCUCAGCAGGGGUGCGUGGUGCCAGGCCACUCCUCAGCAGAGACCUAGAUGACACCAAGCUGCAGAGGUCCCUCUCCCUGUUGGACCCCGAGGGCCGGCCAGCCCGCAUGUUCACCGAGAGCCCUGAGCGUCGUUGGACCCCGGGCCAGCACACCCAGGGUCGGCAGCAGAAGGAGCAGCCCAGCCCUGCCACGGAGAUCAUUCCAGAGACAGUUGUGAGCCGGGAGUUCCCUCGCUGGGUCCAGAGCACUGACCCAAUCUACUACUUCAGUCACACCCACAUCUCCCAGAGUGAUGGCUCUGUGCUGGUGCAGGCCAGACUCACCUGGACCCUUAACCCCCAGCUGGACAAUGACGCCAUGUUCAGCUGUGAGGUCAAGCACCCAGCACUCUCCAUGCCCAUGCAGACAGAGGUCACACUGGCGGCUCCUAAGGGCCCCAAGCUUUUGAUGACCCCCACCAGGGCAAAGGUAGGGGAUACGGUGCGCAUCACCGUGCAAGGAUUCCAGGUAGGCGCUGGGGUUCCUGGGAAUGAGGUGUUCCCUGAGCCCCUCUUCACCUGGACCCGGGUCGGGGGCCGCCUGCUUGACGGGAGUGCUGAGCGGGAUGGGAAGGAGCUGAUUCUGGAGCGAGUGCCAGCCGAACUCAACGGCUCCAUGUACCGCUGCACGGCCCAGAAUCCUCUGGGCUCCACGGACACGCACACCCGCCUCAUCGUCUUUGAAAAUCCUGCCAUGAUGAAAAACACUCAGAAUCCGAACAAUGGAGCCACACACGUGGAUGUAGUCGGACUAAUAUGGAUGGUGCUGUCCCUGGCCCUCACAGUGACUGUGAAACUGACGUGAACCCUCCCAGCCAACACACACUCUGUAUACACACACAACACACAGUAGACCCACAGAGACACACACACACACACACACACAAACAAUCCCAAGCCUUUCCAACACACAUACACACACCACAUACACAUGCCACAAGCCCAAAACACCACCACACCACAAACAGACACACAUACAACCACACCACACAGUCCUGCAAGCCUUUUCCAGUCAUCCAACCUGCCCUCCAUGCAUCAGUCUUUCAGGAACCAGUGCCACCACCCGAUGGGCCUCUACUCUGUUUUUAAAAUGAAAUAAUAACAAUGAUUAUAUAAUAAAGAAAACAACUUCCUGAACAUGAGAAUAGCCACCUCCAGUAUACCCCUUCCCCCGACCACACCUUCUUUUUGUUUCUUGUCACACCUCUGCCUGUUGAUCAAUAAAAUGAGUUGUUAAAAAAGGAAAAUAAAAAGCAUUUGGGUUUGUUUUGAUAUGUUCAAAUGUUGCAAGUGUGAAGAGAGACACUGAGCCGACGAGUGUGGGAGGGCCAACCAGUUGUCCCAUUCACUGGGCUGUGUUGUACCCAGUCUUUAAGCUACACAUAAACAACUGGGAACAAAUGUGAACGCUCAAUGAGCACAUUCUUUUUGUAUCACGAUUACAGGUAUUUCUUUUCUUGGAUGGCUUGGAAUGUACAAGAGGACUAAACGCAAAGAGAAAAUGGAAAAUCUCCUUUUUGAGUGUAUUUUGUGUACAUCUGUGUAAAUAUUGAAGAUAAUCAAAGAGGUUUUAUGGGUUCAGGUUAGGAUUGGUUGGUGAAGAGUUGGGAGGGUUUGCAGCAGCUCACAGCCUUUGUUUGUAUUUUCUCAUCCUUUAUCGCUGUUUCAAGAGAUAAUCCUAUAGGCUGUCAGGACAGAACAGUUUACAGCCUUCUGAUCCCAUUCAUUCAGUCUCUACAUCUGUGUGACAAGUUUGAAAAUGAGGACAGAAAAAAACAAUGCAAAUAUCCUACAUUAUGUCUGCCGUUUUGGAUUUGUAGUGCAUGUGACGUUUGACAAUUCGUUCUCCUUUUCGUGUUUUGCAGUGGUCAACACUGCAUCUCAUUGUCACUGGCCUGUAAAUCCAGUUAUUUACUUGUUACAUACUUAAGUGACAUUGCAUUAUGUACAAUAUGUAACUCUUCCCCCUGACAUCUCCUAGUAGGAUCAUGUUAGCCACCAUUUCAGGAAGAUGCUCACCUGAAACAGAGUGCUAACAGGGUUGUUGCAUUUGUUUCAUAUCACCUGUAUUAAAAUGGAGAGAUUAUC